AUGCACAACCGCCGCGUGAACCAACGCCGGCGGGAGUCCUUCGACGACGCCAGCGGCGUGAGCCCCGCGCGCAUCAAGGGCAUGCACGAGUUCGAGUCGAAGCUGGCGCGGGCCGAGCGCAACCGCGACAAGCUGCGGCGGGAGCGCAGGAGACGCGCGAUGGAACGCUACGAGGAGGGCAAGGCCCGGGUCCUCGAGCAGGGAGCGUUCGCUUCUUCCGCCUCGUCGUCGGCGUUCGUGGGCGGCGUGGGCGGCGUGCGCAGCGGCUGCCUCCGAGCCGGCCCCGGGAGCGGCGGCGGCGGCGGCAUCACCAACACCAAGAGCACCAACGGCGAGCUCGGGAGGGACAACCGCCGGAGGCGCGCGGCGGAGGCCAGGCAGGCGGCCAAGGCCCGCCAGACGCAGCGCAUGAGGAGCCUCCGGCAGCGCAUGCUCUCCCACACGUCCCGGGUCUCGGAGCGGAAGACGCGCCUCUUCGCGGCCAGGCUGCUCCAGGCGUGGUGGCGCUGCGUCCGCGAGGGCAAGAGCUUCGACGUAACGGGCCUCGCCCUCUCCAUCUCCUCCUCCUCCUCCCCCGACGCGACCCCGCAGCAGCGCUCGCCGCUGGGGUCUCCGACCUCGUGGGCGACCGCCCAGGGACUCGGGCUCUCGGUGCCCGACGUCGGCUGCGGCUCCGUCGUUCCCUUCGGCGACUACAUGAGAAAUCAAGCGUCUGCCGCGUCCGGCGGCGGUCCUGCGUUGUCGCCGCCGGUGCUGGACCCUUGCACCCGCUCUCCGAUCCCCACCUCAGGGAGGUUUUCUCCUGGUGUAGGCGGUAGCAAGAAGGUCUUGGGGACCGCCGGCGCCGCCGUAGCCCCGACGAUCGGCCGCGGCUGUGCCAGGGAGACGGCCGGCGGGGGCGCGGGGGGUGCGGGGGCAGCAGCCGGCGCCGGCGCCGGCGGCGUCUCCGCCAUGAAUGUGACGACGAUGGGCUACGGCUUCGGCUCCCACCACAAGGCGGCGCUGGCCAUCCAGGCGUUCCUCAGGCGCAACAUGCACCCGCUAAAGGUGGCGAACGCGCUUCUGGCCGGCCGGCUGUCGAUAAAGGUGCUCUGCGCCGCGGUUCGCACGAUGUCGACCUCCACGUUCGACGAGGCGAUCGACGUCAUGUCGACCCGCGCCAUCGUGAGCCACUGCGAGACGGCCCUCAAGGCGCUCCGCAUGGGCCGCGAGAUGCGGUGCGUCCCCCAGACGGUGCGGUCGGCGCGAGCGUUCCUGUCGGCCCUCCUCGUUAACUUCUUCCCGACCUCCGCGCUCGACGACGAGGGCGCGCUGUCGUCGUCCCCCGAGGGCACCGCGCCCCUGAAGGUCGAGAAGGACCGGCUCGUUAGGGCCGCCGGCAACGCCAUCCAGGCCCUGCUUGGCCUGGAGACUACGAUGGACGCCGCCGCCGCCGCCGCCGCCCCGGCUGCGGCGACCGGCGGCGGCGACGGCGGCACGGAGAAGGUGGCGGCGGCAGCGACGGCGGCGAUGGCGACGUUUAGCGCGGAGCACUUCCCGAAGAUCAGGCGCGCGAGCGCAACGAUGGUCCGGGCGAGGGUGGCCUUCUGCCGGCGCUUCGCCGAGUGGAAGCGCAAGGACGCGGUGCGCCUGGCGGACGAGAUGACGGCGGCGUCGGUGGACGUGCUCUUCAUGCAGCUGCGGGCGGAGCGCGACCUCCACGUGGCGGCCGUGCGGUACGGCAUCGACGACGCCGACGACGAGGGCGCACUGUUCUCGACGGGCUUCGAGCAGAUCAAGGAGGGCACGCAGCGCCAGCUGGGCAAGAUGAUGCACGCCCUGGGCAAGCUGGUCGGGGCGGACGAGGCCCGGCAGCGCAUGAACGACGCCACGGACGCCGCCUUCGAGCGGCUCCGCGCGGACGAGCUGGCCGAGGACGAGGCCUUCCUGGCUGAGCACGGCGCAGCUUUCGCAGAUGACGACGAUGACGACGACGACGAGAACAUGGACACCGACGACAGCGGGAGCGACGGGAAGCCGGCGGCGAGUGCAUCUGCGGCCGCGGCGGCGGCGGCGGCGGCCGCGGGGGACGGCUCCAGUGCCGGGGGAGCGUCGGCGGCGUCGGAAGCGGCGGCCGCCCUGCUCGGUAAGAGCGGGAGCAUGGCCAUGUCGGAGGAGGAGGACGACAUCGCCGGCCCGCGACGCCCCCUGUCGGGGGGCGAUUUGUUAAGCAAGGAGUGGUUGGUGCCCGGGGUCAUGAUCAGCGGCGAGACCCUCACCGUGUCCAUGGAGGAAGCGAUCGAGAACCAGCUGCUGCGGUCGGGCAACCCGGCCGUCGCGGCCGGCGGCGGCGAGGACGGGGUGAACGCCUACUGGUCCACGGUCGAGAGCCACGUGGCGGCGGAGGACUACACGCCGCUGCUCGGCCUCGUCGCCGAGCUGCGCGACAAGAUCAUCGGGCUCACCCCGCGCCGGCGAGACCUGGCGGCGGAGACUUGCGAGGCGAUGGACGUGGAACUCCUGGAGCAGAUGAUGGACUACGGCGCGUUCGAUGUGGGUUGUUUCUUCCGCAUGGUCGCUUUUGCCGGCGAACGCGUGCUCGAGCUGGAGGCCCCCAUCCGCAACGACGACACCAAGGCUACGCUGGCGGGGUGGGGCCGUACCCAGGACGAGGUCGAGGGCGGCCGGCGGCGCCUGGAGCCGGCCAUGGUGCGGGAGUGCUUCGAGUACCUUUUUUCCAAGACGGACGAGAUCCACGUGGACAUCCUCAACGCCCACCUGCAGUUCGUCACGCCCUUCCUGAAGCAGCACGGCGUCGAGUACGAGCGCGACAGGUUCACCGAGAAGCUCGACGUCGGCGAGACCUCUCUCGACAUGACCCACCUCUGGCUCCACCGCGCCAUCCGCCAGCUCCGCUCGGCGGCCGGCGUUGCCGCCACCCACCCGACACCCCGUUCAAAAGCCCCAGCG